AUGACCCUGGGCUGUAAGGCCCUCCAGUGGACCAUCAUGUGCUUCAACUCGGUGAUCAAACCACAAGGUCAACACCCAGGAGAAUGCUGGUUCAAUCCCACCUUUAGUCACAUGUUCAUUAAGGUCAUCUAUGUAGAAAAACCAAGAGGCAAUGAUGGGACAUCCCACCCCCCAUUUUUGGAGGCCACUGGGAGGUCCCAUGAUAGCCUUGGAGGCUACUUUGGGAUGUCCCAACCCCCUCUGUGGAGAUGCUACCAUGGGACAUGCCACCCCCUUCUCUGGAGGCCAGUGCUUCAAGACAACCAGAUCCACCAUGCAGAGCACAGUGAAGGGCCAAUGUCACAGAUUAAAUGGGGGAAAAUUGUGCAGCUGCAAAUGGUAACAGCAUGGUGGGUCUGA